AGUCAACUGUACUGGGGAAACAAUCACUUCUCGUAUUAUGUUGCUCCGCGGUUAAAUUACGGAGGCAGUUCUCUGUCCACGAGUCAGAGUAGCCCGACAGAGGACAACGGUAGCGAUGGCGGAGGAGGACGUCAGCUAUGCUUCAGUUGUAUUCAAGACCAAAAAAAAUCCCCCACCUGUAGCUAUAAAAGAAGAGGAAACUGUGUAUGAUGAAGUGAACAUGCGAGGCAACAUAUCCCAACCGGCUGUUGACAAAAAUGACAAGGGAGCGAACAACAGACGAGGCCACUUUCAGCAGGUGGCUUGUGCUUUUGGGAUUACUUGUGUCAUUUUGCUGAUGGGCAUUGUGGCAGUCUCUGUCUACCUUACUACAUUAAGUCAUGAGAAUGAUACAAGCGAGCUGAGCCAGUUAAAAGACAACCAAACGACUCUACUGGCUGAAAAUCACAACCUCACAAACCUCAACAACAAACUCAUUUCAGAGAACGAAAACUUGAGGAGAGACCACAACGAUCUAAAAGUUCAGUUUGACAACCUGACACUAUCCUAUAACGUCUCAGAGAGCAAGAUCACAAACCUGACUGUAGAAAACCAGGACCUGAAGGCACAGUGGAACAACUUAACCCAACAACUACGAAACAUGCAGACAAAUUUGAAUGAGCUCAACGUCACUCGAGCUCAAUGGAGCAUCAAUGCCUACUGCCCCAAACAACAAACCGGAAGAAAGUGUGAACCUUGUCAGGACGGCUGGCUACUCUCCCAGUCCAGCUGUUAUGCGAUUAAUGACCCCGAACCCAAAGAUCAGAAAACCUGGGAAGAAGCUCAACAAAACUGCAUAGGAAAGAAUUCAGAUUUGGCUGUUGUACUUAAUGACAAGGAGAAGAGAUUCAUCAGUGAUAAAAGCUGGGGCAGUUCUGGAACCAACGGAUACUGGAUUGGCCUGAGAGUUGAAGGUGGGACAUGGAAGUGGUUAGAUGGACGUAAUCUCACUAAAAGCUCCUGGAUACAACGACCUCCUGAAAAAGAUCACUGUGCAAUUUCUGUCAAAGACCGGGGAUGGGAAUCGGUGAGCUGUAGCGUCAAACACCGAUGGAUCUGCAAAAAGGCGGCUUUAUCUGUUUAAACACUGCAGUCAAACUUGAGAAGGUUACUGGACACUCUCUAAACAUUAAUUACAUGUAAGAUACUGUCAACCGGCUUAUAAAUACCAAAUUAUGGAGAACUUUGGGCAUAAUUUUUAUUUUUGAAAAACAAAAAUUGAAAAUUUAAUGGUGGAUGCAACUUUGGCAGUGACAGAAUAUGCAUCUGGACAGGAAAGGCAGUCAUACAUGUACCUAGCCUGGAGGCUGUACACCUUUACUUGACUGUUGGUCAUUCGCUAAACAAACAGCCUUAAGAGUCACAGUUAUCGUACACUGAGUAAAAUUGAAGAUGGCACAGCUUUGCUAAACUAUUAACUCAUAAUAGGAGCAGUUAUAAAUCAGAGAUAAGCUACUUCCACAACAGGUCUUCUAAUACUUUAUUAAUUGUAACUGUGAAUUCACAUAAUGUUGAAUGUUGACCACUGAACACAUUUAACAGUAUAAGCAUUUGGGCACUUUCAUUGAUGAUAGGUUGAAUUAUAAAUGCCAAUGCUAAAAAUUGCUAGGGCAACACAUUUUAGUUUUUCAAAGGAGACCCAGAACUUUUAGUAUUAACGGAUCUCUACUAUUACUAUUCCUCAAGACUUUUAUUCAGAGUGUAUUGACCUUCUGCGUCCAAGUGUUAUGGACAGAAUUGACACCAGAGAUCAAACUGGACAAGUUCGUAAGAUUGUGUAGCAAGAUUGUCACAACAAAUGUGCAGCAUCGGUGAAACGAGAGAUUUACACGACAAGCUUAUUCGCUGAAUUAAAGCAAGUAACAUCUGUGAAUAUAGACCUUUCUACAGUGUAACAUACAUACAGUCCCCGUGCAGCUUUUAACUGCUUAAUAAAGGUGAACU